CUCGACAUUAUUUCAAAACAAUUUUUGGCCACAGAUUUUUCUGUUUUUCCUACCUACUUGUUUUUCUAAUUAUUGUUAUACGGUUGAAUUGAUAUUAUAUUCAUAAUUAUCAAGUUAACAGGAAAUUCUUAUAAAGAUACGCAGUGAAAUAAUUAUUUAAUACAUAAUUUAUAAUUAUUUUAAAAUGGUUUUUGAUUCAGAAUCUUUAAGUGAUAUGGAAUCAACAAAUGACUUGUUAGAUAAAAUGACUUUGCGUCAGUUACAUUUAAUGGAAGAGAAGAUGAGUAGGGAAGUGAAUAUUGAAACCAGUUUAAAUAAUGGCUGUUUUCAUUUAGCAAAAUCACGAUAUAUUAUGGGACAGACGUCUGUAAGCAAGGAGAGACUUCCUACAGAAGCGAGUACGGAAUUUUCAGCAUCAACACAGUGUGAAACUGUUGACGAAGAUAAUUCAAAACAAUUUAAAAUUAUUGAAAAUCAUUCCAAUACUGUGAAUCCAAUGCAUUGGUUUGGUGUUUUAGUUCCUCAAAAUUUACAUAAAGCAAAAAGCAUUUUUCAAAAUACCCUUAAUUUUGUUGUGGAAUGUGCUAACAUUCAAAUACAGUUAUUAGAGAAUUCAAACAAUAUAACGCUUUUGAAGAGUUAUAAGGAAGCUGUUAAGUCAACUUAGAUUCAAAUGUUCAGCAAAGAAAGAAGAAGAGGCAUGGCAUAUUUAUUUAAUUUAAUUAAUCAUAUAGUCAAGUGUAUUCAGUGUAUGGAAGAAAUUAAACCAGUCUGUAAGUUAAUUUAA